UAAACAAUACAGAAAUCUCUAUUUCUACAUCUUCUUUAUUGUUUUAAUGUUUUACAGAUUAUUAAAACCUUAAAUAAUUAUACAUAGUUGUUACUUAUUAGUUUAGCAAAUAAUGGCUGCAGAUAACUAUCGAUUCGCAGAAAGUGAUAGCUUACUAUGUUAUCAUGGACCAAUGUUAUAUGAAGCAAAAUGUUUAAAAAGGAGGAAGGCUAAUGAUGGUAAAGCACAAUAUUUUGUUCAUUACAAGGGCUGGAACAGUAAAUGGGAAGAAUGGGUAGACGACAAUCGAGUAUUGACUGUCAAUACUGUCAAUAUGAACAAAAUGGCUUCAUUAAAAGAAAUACAUUCAAGUUCAAAAAAAAGUGGAGCAAAACGUUCUAUCACUAUAGUUAAAGAAGAAACAGUACGAAAUGUUGUAACACCUCCAAUAAAAGGGAAAAAACGGAAAUAUUCAGAAAUUUCAUCUGAAUUAAAUCAAAUAGUCAAUGUUCCAUCGCCAACAGAAACAAAACCAAAAAAGCGAGGCCGGCCUCCUAAAAUAAUUACUCCUAAAAUUGAAGAAACUGAUGCAACAAAAUCAGUUGAUACAACUGUAGUAACUGAAACAACUGAAGUAAUAGAAUCAGGUAAAUCAAUUGAAGAAAAUAAAGUUAUUAACAAACCAACUAAAGAAAAUAAAAUUAUUGACAAACCAACUAAGGAAAAUAAAGAAAAAGAUAAUGUUAAAAAAGAAAACACCACCGCAAUAGAAGACAUUGUUAAAAAAGAAGCUACUACUAAAAAAGUAUACACUCCUAAGAAAGAAGACACUCGUAUAAAAGAAGAAACUCCUCAAAAAGAAGAUACUCCUCAAAAAGAAGAUACUCCUCAAAAAGAAGAUACUCCUCAAAAAGAAGGUACUCAUAACAUAGAAGACACUCCUAAGACAGAAGAUACUCCAAAAAAAGAAUGUACCCCUAAAAAAGAAAACACUCCUGUGAAAGAAGAUACUCCUAUAAAAGAAUUAAAAGAAUACUCUCCUAAGAAAGAAUAUAUUCCUACAAAUGAAGAUACUCCUAAAAAUGAAGACAUUCCUAACUUAGAUGAUACUGCCAUAGAAGAAGAUAUUCCUAACAAAGAUGAUACUCCAAAAAAAGAAGAUGUUCCUAAAAAAGUUGGAGUAACUAAAAUAAUUGAUGAAACAACUGAAAAAAUUGAAACGACUAAAGAAGUUUUAGAUACUGAAAUAACUGAAGCAAAUGAAGAUAUUGAAGCUAUUAAAUUAGUUAAAGAUACUGAAGAAGGAGGAGUAGAAGAAGAAAAAGAAGAAGAAGAAAAAGAAGAAGAAGAUGAAGAAGAAGAAAAAGAAGAAACUACUAAAACAGUUGAUGAAGAAAUUAAAGCAGUACCUGAAGAAAUAGAAAAAACUACUGAAGAAUAUGAAGAAACUAAAUCUGUUGAAUCAUCUGAAGAUGUUGAAGAAGGAACUGAAACAAUUAAAGAAGAUGAAGGAUCUGAAACAGUUGAAGGAAUUGAAGACAUUGAAGAAACUGAAAGUAUCGAAGAAUUUGAAUUGAUUGAAAGAUAUGAAGAUGAAGAUCUUGAAGCUGAAGAGUUUGAAGCUGAGGAACUUGACGCCUAUGAUGAAACCGAAGAAUUUGAAGAAAAUGAAGAAUUUGAAGAAACUGAAGAAUUUGAAGAAACUGAUACAGAUGAAGAGUCUGAAACAGAAGAAGAGUCUGAAGAGGACGAAGAAACUAAUGCUUAUUUACUACAGUUUACUGAAGCUUUUUCAAAACGUGUAGGAACUGAAGAGACAGAUGAUACAUUUACUGUUCCAGCUCCAGUAAUAAAAAUAAUACCAGUAAUCAAUAUACCAGAUGUUAUAAAACGAAGAAUUGCUUUUGAUCAUUUUAUGAUUAUGAAAAACAAUAAAGUAUUAACAUUUUCAAAAACAUUCACUAUCGAAAAUUUGAUACAAGAUUUUAUGAAUUCACUACCUGAAUCUAAGGAGUCGGCAUUCAAUAUUGGUUCAACAAUUAUACAGUAUUUCAAUGUUCUUAUACAUUCACGAUUAUUGUAUCCACCAGAAACAAAAAUGAAUAUGCGUGAAAAGGCAAUAAAAUCUUUGGAAGCCAAUACUAAUUUUGGCGAAGAAUACCAUUUUAGUAAAAUGUUGUAUCCUCAAAAAAUGUGGCAUUUGGUGUAUGGACCUACAUAUCUACUACGAUUAUUUGUUUUAUUACCUGAAAUUGUAUCAUCAUAUCAUUAUAUUGAGACUGAUAUAGCUAAUGCUAUUGAAAAGUUUGAAGAUUUUAUGAAGUUUAUUGAAAUCAAUUUUGAUCAAUAUUUUUCAAACGUUGAAUAUACUGAUAAUAAAUAA